AUGGCGGUGCAGUUGUUGCGGCUAGCCGGCUACAUCCCCAUAACAACCUGUUCACCCCACAACAACGCCCAAGCCACCUCCUACGGCGCCGCCGCCACCUUCGACUACCACUCGCCCACGUGCGCCACCGACAUCAAAGCCCACACCCAAAACUCCCUCCGCUUCGCCCUCGACUGCAUCGGCACGGCGCAGUCGACCGCGCUCUGCCACGAGGCCAUCGGCCGCAGCGGGGGCCGCUACGUCGCGCUGGAGCGGUACCCGGAGUCCGCCGCGGGCCGCCGGAACGUGCGGGGCAGCUGGGUGUUCGGGCCCGUGAUGUUCGGGCGGCGGAUCGAGAUGGACGACGGGUACGGCCGGGAGGCGGACGCCGGUGCUCGGGAGUUUGGGCGCGAGUGGUACGCGUGCGUGGAGCGGUUGGCGAGGGAGGGGAAGGUGAGGGUCCAUCCGCCGAGGACGCUUGGGGCGGGGGGAGGGUGGGCGCGGGCUGUGUUGGAGGGGUUGGAGAUGAUGAAGAUGGGGAAGGUGAGUGGGGAGAAGUUGGUUGUUGAGGUGGACGAGCAGGUGUAG